UCUUGUUGACCAUCGCUGCGACCUGCUAUUAAUUACGGAAAAAUUACUGAAAGUACUCAGUGAUUCUGUCUAGUCAGUGAAUUCACGUUUAGCUGAACACUCACCCUAGUGGAGCAACAAAUCAAAAACAGAUCAUGUGUUGAUGUUUGUGGUGGCAGCGAGUUUGCUGUUCGCACGUGUCGCUUCCCGAAAUCCGCGAUACGGACCCACGUUAAUGACCCGAAAGCGUCCGGCCGCGGCAAUCGAUGGUGGAUCGGUUUUGGCGGGCACCGCAAGCAAAAUGGUGGUUACGCGCGACUGCUCCCCAGCUUCGAUGACGGCAGCGCCUACUGAGGCUACUAACAGUGUCGCUCACGAUGGGGAGGAGGGACACCGCAACCCGCCGGUGCGCUACUUGCCCGUACCGGAUCAAUCGUUUUCCGACCAUAAGCAGUACAGAUCGAUACUGCUAGCAAACGGUUUGCAUGCAUUGUUAAUUUCCGAUCCAACGGAGAACGUAGUCAAAAGCGAUGGCGGAACGGCAGGCAAAAGCAGCGCCGAUGGUGGCACCGAAUCCGCUUCGUCGUCCGAUGCUGAGGAAGCGAGCGAAGAGGAGGACAACAACUCCGGCGAAGAUGAUGGUGACAGUGGCAGUGAUAGUGAGUCGAUUAGCCAUGACAGGGCGGGAGCAAAGCUGGCCGCCGCGGCGCUUAGCGUCGGGGUGGGCUCCUUUAGCGAUCCGCGGAACGUGCAGGGACUGGCGCACUUUCUGGAGCACAUGAUAUUCAUGGGAAGCAAAAAGUAUCCCAAGGAAAACGAGUACGACUCGUACAUAAGCAAAUGUGGAGGAUUCGAUAACGCCAUCACCGAUCUGGAGGAGACGACAUUUUACUUCGAGAUCGACGAGAAGCAUCUGGAGGGUGCACUCGAUCGCUUCGCAAGCCUGUUCACCGAGCCGCUGAUGCUGCGCGAUUCGAUUUGCCGCGAGCGAGACUCGGUCGAGAGCGAGUUUCAAACGAACAACAACCGGUUCUCGUCGCGUCGCGAACAGCUGCUUGCGUCGCUGGGCCGCGAGGACCAUCCGUGUAGUCUGUUCUCGUGGGGUAACCUGGAAACACUCAAAAACAACAUCACGGAUGAUGAGCUGUACACGGCUCUGCACGACUUUCAGCGGCGUCACUAUUCCGCGCACCGGAUGCACUUUGCAGUGCAGGCCCCGUGCAGUUUGGAUGAGCUCGAGCGACUGACGGUGAGCUAUUUCUCUUCCAUCCCGUGCAACGGGUUGCCGGCUGAUGAUCUGUCGCGGGCUUUCAACGAAAGGAACGCGUUUCGCGACGAGUUCUACAGCAAGUUGUUCGUCGUGAAGCCGAUCUCGGACGUGUGCCAGCUCGAUAUCACCUGGUGUUUGCGGCCGAGCGUUAAGGACUACCAUGUAAAGCCAGUGGACUACAUCUCCUACAUAAUGGGUUUCGAGGGGAAGAACAGCCUCACGAGCUACCUUAGAAAACAUUCGCUAGCAUUGGAUGUAGAGGUAGGGGCCAACUAUGGGUUUGAGAAGAACUCGCUCUACACACUGUUCGGUAUUUCGAUCACGAUGACUGACUAUGGGUUCGAGAAGAUCGAGGAAAUCUUGCGCGCAGUUUAUUCGUUUGUGCGGCUUAUGAAGGCGAAAGGUGCGGACGAGCGUCUGUUUAGCGAGCUGCAGGAAUUGGAAGCGACCUCGUUUCGGUACCGGAAGGAGAAGGAAACGAGUGACAAUGUCGAAGAGUUGGUGGUUAACAUGCGGUACUAUCCACCGAAAGACAUUAUUACCGGGUCAGAGUUGUACUUCCGGUACGAUGCGGCCGAGAUACAGAGUGUUAUCGAUGAGUUCAACGAGGGUCGCUUUAAUCUGAUGAUAUCGUCCACGAAGCCGUAUCGAAAUGUGACCUACGAUCGCACGGAACGUUGGUUUGGUACCGAAUACACGGAGCUGGAGAUUCCGCCAGAGUGGCAAAGACUGUGGGAAACAUCGCAGCCGAUACAGGAAAUUCAGCUUCAGGAGAAGAACCACUACAUUUCCACCAACUUCAGCAUACUGGCGGACGAAGAUCAAACCAAGCUCGAGAUACCUCCUUAUCCGGAGAAAAUUUUUGAAAAUAACGUCGGCGAACUGUGGUUCCGUCAGGAUUCAAAAUUUAGGCUCCCGCUGGCACUGAUGUACUUCUACAUAAUAUCGCCGCUGCCCAUUAACGACCCUCGAAGUUGCGCGCUGACUGGGUUCUUUGCUUCCAUGGUGAAGUUCCAAAUCGCGGAGGAGCUUUACCCGGCCGAGGUUGCCGGUCUCAACUACGAGCUGUACUCCGCCGAGAAGGGGCUGUUGCUGAAGGUGGAUGGUUACAACGAAAAGCUACCGAUCAUUGUCGACGAGAUAACUGCUGCGAUGGGUCGAUUUUCCGAAACGCUUAGCGACAGUGUGUUCGACCUGAUUAAGUCGAAACUGGAGAGGGUGUACUACAACGAGCUGAUGAAGCCGAACAAACUGAAUCGCGACGCUCGGUUGAAGGUGGUGCAGCAAAACCACUGGACGACGUGGGAAAAGUUCGGGUAUCUGAAACAGUUCACUCCGGACGACAUCCGACAGUUUGCGAGAGACUUUUUCGCUGGCAUUAAGGUGCAGGUGCUUGUGCAGGGUAACCUUCAAUCGGACACUGCCAAGCAGGUUAUGCAGAAAGUUUUACACAAUUUUAACGGAACCGCCAUCAAAGACCUCAAAACGAUUGAAGCCCGAGCAAAGGAAAUUCCUGUCGGCGAUCACUACCUGCGCAUUCGGAAUUUCCGCGAAACGGACGUCAACACCGUCACGACCAGCUUUUAUCAGGCGGGCCCGGUGACACCCUUCCUGAAUGCCUGUCUCGAGCUGUUAAUAUCACUGCUCGAGGAACCACUGUUUGAUAUUCUGCGCACGAAGGAGCAGCUCGGGUACGACGUGUCGACGUCGUUGCGAGACAACUCGGGCAUCCUCGGGUUCUCGAUAACGAUCCAUUCGCAGGAAAACAAGUUUAGCUACGAUCACAUCAACGAACGGAUCGAACUGUUCAAUCGUAACUUCGUGGAGAUACUGCGCAACAUGCGCGAUGCCGACUUCCGGCUGGUGCAGACCUCACUGAUACACCGGAAGCAGGUAGUCGACACGGAACUGAAGAAUGAAGCGUCACGAAACUGGGGCGAGAUCACUACGGAGGAAUACAUUUUCAACCGGUACAAGUUGGAGUUGGAGCACAUCGAACGGCUGACGAAAGAGGACGUUCUGGCGCUCUUCGAGCGGCUGGUGAUGGACACGAGCACGCGGCGAAAGCUCUGCGUACAGGUUGUCGGAAACGCUGCAAAACCGGCAGCUGAUAGUGCAAAUCGGGGUUCGUCGCCGGUGGCCGCUGAGGGUAGUAGCAGUGAGAUGCGACAAGAUUUUCAGCCGAUUUAUCUACCUCCUCACGUCUUAAAUGCCACGGAGGGGCAAGGAACCGAAACCAUCCACCAUCACCACCAUAUUGAUAACAUAGAACAAUUCUCUAUACCAUUGAAGCUGUACCCGGUUACGAAGAUACAUUUCAGUAAAGUUGAUUAA